CCCAGGGGUGGCUGCCCGGGGCCGGAGCACCAGUCUCUUGUCCCCGGGCGCCGCCCCCGUGUCCCGCCCGCCCCACGCUCCGCCCCGGUCGCCGCUCGUCCCGCGUGGGAGCCGACCCGGCUCAGCCUGAUUUACGGCUCUGCUGAAAACCGCUCGCGCGGCUCCCGCAGCAUCAGCACCGGCGGCUGCAGCGGCAGCAACAAGUCGGGACUUUCAGAGUGAUGCAACAGACGACUUUUGAGGAAAGCCGGUACCGUUGGCAGGACUCGCUGGAGAAUGUCGCUGUGUGCCUGCCAUUCCGCUGUCCGAGGUGUGGAGACCACACCAGAUUUAGAAGCUUGUCGUCCUUGAGGGCCCAUCUGGAAUUCAGUCACAGCUACGAGGAGCGGACCCUCCUGACAAAAUGCAGCCUCCUGCCAUCUCUCAAGGACACAGAGCUACUCAGGUCCUCCGACCUCCCGAAGCAGGGAAAACUGCUUCGGGGCCACGCAAAGGUGACCAAGCAGAAGCCGAGCUAUGUUAACUUGUACAGCAUCUCCCACGGGCACUCCAAGGACACGAAACCCUUUGAGAUGGUGGCAGAGAGGCCCGUGUCCUAUGUGCAGACCUACACGGCCGUGGACAUCCGGGCUGACUCUCUGGAUGCUCCCCGGUCCAGCCCUGGACUCCCCACCCAAGACACCAAAGCUGCUUUCGAGGCUCACGUCCGAGAAAAGUUCAAUCGCAUGGUAGAGGCCGUGGACAGGACCAUCGAGAAGAGAAUCGACAAACUCACCAAAGAGUUGGCCCAGAAAACCGCCGAACUGUUGGAAGUCCGGGCGGCCUUUGUGCAGCUGACUCAGAAGAAGCAAGAAGUUCAGAGGCGAGAACGCGCCCUGAACAAACAGGUAGACGUGGCGGUGGAAAUGAUUGCCUUGCUCAAGCAACGCCUGACAGAAUCCGAGGAGGAGCUCCUGAGGAAAGAGGAAGAAGUCGUCACAUUCAACCAUUUCCUGGAAGCAGCGGCGGAGAAGGAGGUCCAAGGAAAAGCGAGGCUCCAGGACUUUAUUGAGAACCUGCUGCAACGGGUGGAAUUGGCAGAGAAGCAGUUGGAGUACUAUGAAAGCCAGCAGGCCUCCGGUUUCAGCCGUGACACUAGUGAGCACAUGCUCACAGACAUCUCGCCGAACAGGAAGCCCCGAUGCCUAAGCCGAGGGCACCAGCAUUCUGUUUGCAAUCAUCCUGAGCUGAGGGCUCAUUUCCAUCUGAAGGGGAGAAGCUACCUGAAGAAAGCCAAGGAUGAACGAGCAGGGAUGCCGCCCACCAAGGCCAUUCACGAACAGGCUGAGUCUCUGAGAGAAUUCUUCAGACCAGCCAAGAAAGGGGAGCACCUGGGCCUGAGCCGGAAAGGGAACUUCAGGCCCAAAAUGGCUAAAAAGAAACCUACAGCAAUCGUGAAUAUCAUCUAGAGCUUGGGCAGCUCGGAAGCAUCACCACCGAAUGGUGUUCCAGGGCCCAACAGUGUUGUCCUUUUGGACGUGUGGCCAUAGGAAGAUAUAGCAGGAACGCAGGGAACACAAAACACAGGGUCACUCUGAUUAACCAGAAUUUAACACAGAGGGUCUCAGUAAGCCAAGAUUUUAUUUUAACCUCCUUUAGGUGCAAGGGAAAUUACAACAAAUAAAAAAUAGUAAAGUAAAACUUGAAACACUCACAUCGUAUAGUUCUGGUAAAUAAGAACCUGUUACUUCUUAAAUCACUGGCCAGUCUCCCACAGACCUGGCACCAGGGGUUCGUCUACCCAAGUGCCCAUUAGUACAUGGGCCGCACAAGAUGCCAGACUCUGGUGUCCACUGCUCUCUGAAUUAUGAGGCAAGGACUGUGACUGUGAAGUUCUUCUACUUUAAAGAAAAAUAUUUAUUUUUGGUGUUCUUGCUAUGCUAUGUAGCCCUGCCUGGCUUGGAGCUUCAUAUAUACACCAAGCUAGCUUUGAACUUGCAGCAAAUCCUCCUGCCUCUGCCUCCUGAGUGCUGGAAGUACAAGUGUGCUCUACCAAACCCAGCAGGGAGUGUAAAGUUCUUAUUGAGAGCAGUGAAGUAAAAGGCUUUUGUUGUUUGUUUCUGGGUAGACCCCCUUGGAUACAUCUGAAAGUCUCUAUGGUAAAGGUUCAUUCCCUGUUACCCUUGAGUAUUCUGGUUAAUCGAGACUUUAAUCUCCGGGUGGGUUCAGUUCAGUGAGACUUUAAUCUCCGGCUGCCUUCAGCUAGACCUAAGUUCUCUUUGCCAGGUGGCUUUUGGAGUCGAGUCACAUCCGGGUCCUUCAGAGCAUAUUUAUUCAAGGUCUGGGUGCACCCCUCCUGACUUUUUCGGUUAAGCACGCUGUACCCUCAAGAGCUGUCUAUCGGCCUCUGUAGAGAUAGCUGCUAAAAAACCCUUGGGGUCAGCAGCAUCUUUGAUGUGGUACCCAAGUGCUUGAUUGCUAGAGGAGGGCAUAUUCAGGGUACCAUGGCCAUCUUGGCUAUGCUGCGGGGACGCCCAAUGUUCUACCACCACCCGCUUCCCUGGAAGUACCACCGGUUUGCUACCGGUUACUCGUGAGCAUGCUCUUUGCUAACUUCCGUUUCCACCCGGAAGCUCACUUUGCCGCCUGUUGCUUCUAUGGCUGGUGUACACUUUCCUUCUUCUCAGCCACAUGCCUGGGUUGUUCAUUGUGCGGUGCAUUCUGUUGUAAUUUAAGAUGAAAAAGAAUGCAUGUGAAAUAUGGCCUCAAUAUCUCCCCAAAUGACAUUUUUGCCAUUUAAAAAAAAA